CUGCAGAAUGUAAAGCUCGCUAAGGUUGCUCUUAGAUCUGGUGCCGGUAACUUGGUUAAUGGGAUUCUCAGGAAACUAAUUGUCCUUAAGGAGAGUGAUUCCCUUCCGGCAGUAAAAGUGGACGGUGAUGAUCGUCAGCAAGCACGUGGUCUUGCCACUCUUUACUCUCAUCCAGUUUGGAUGGUAAGAAGAUGGACAAAGUAUUUUGGACGGGACGAAGCUAUUAAGCUUAUGACAUGGAAUAACAGCUCUCCCAGUUUCAGUCUACGGGCAAAUACUGGGAAAGGUUUGACAGGGGCUGAUCUGGUCUCAAGGCUUAAAAUGUUGAAGGUUCCACAUGAGCCUUCUCUAUACUUGGAUGAUUUUGUUCGUAUUAAAACUGGAAUGCAGAAUGUUAUACAGGCUGGGUUACUAAAAGAAGGCUUCUGUGCAGUCCAGGAUGAAAGUGCUGGAUUAGUAGUCUCUAUUGUUGAUCCUCAACCUGGUGAGAGCAUUAUUGAUUGUUGUGCUGCUCCAGGAGGGAAAACCUUGUUCAUGGCUUCCCGCUUGAAUGGCCAAGGUACAUUAUUUGCCGUUGACAUAAAUGAAGGUCGGUUGCGGAUACUUAAAGAGACAGCCAAAUUGCACCAAGUUAUUGAUGUUAUCAGUACUAUCCAUGCUGAUCUUCGAACAUUUUCUACCGAUAAGGUCGUAGAAUGGGAUAAAGUCUUGCUGGAUGCACCUUGUUCAGGGCUGGGUGUUCUUUCUAAGCGAGCAGAUUUGCGUUGGAAUAGGAAACAGGAAGAUAUGGAGCAGCUUAAACAUUUACAGGAUGAACUUCUCGAUUCAGCUUCCAGGUUGGUGAAGCCAGGUGGAGUUAUAAUAUACAGCACGUGUUCCAUUGACCCUGAAGAAAAUGAGGAAAGAAUUGAAGCUUUUCUUCUAAGGCAUCCAGAAUUCGAAAUUGAUCCUGUGAACAGAUAUGUACCGGAGGAUUUUGUCACUACACGAGGUUUCUACAUGUCUAAUCCUGUGAAGCAUGAACUUGAUGGAGCUUUUGCAGCUCGUCUGGCUAGAUCUCAAUAAAUCCAGAAUGAGUGGAGCGUGUUUCAGUUUUCACAAACUCUUAGUAUGUCGUCUAAAAGCAUCUCCGGGAGCUGCAGACAAUCAAAGUGCCGCUUUUAUGCCUUUCCUUCUCUGAUCAUAACUUUUUGGCUCUUUCAGCAUAAGAGUUCAGAGCAUCACUCGUCAUAUAUUUCUCAGGCUGGUGACGCAAAGCCUUAGAUGCGAGAUUUUAAUCCAGUCUCAGGGUUUGAGAUCUCAAAGGUCAUCAUGUGGUACAACAAUCAUAGAAGUUAAAAGCAUACUGUGGCAAGAUGAAAUAUCAUUUUGUAUGGCAUUACAGUGACCGGUUGCUGAAAGAUGGCAUGCAGAGAUGGCACGCUGUAUUGCUCUCAUCCACAAGAAUCUGAGGUGUGAAAACAUCUCGAAUGACUGCUAGGUGAAUUCUGAGGCUUUUUCUGUCUCUUUGCAAAAACCUCGCCUGUGUAUGGUGUCUGUCUUCUGCCAAGGGGAAGACUCACAAAGGAGACUUAUGUGGUCCCUCAAUUACUAAAUGUGAACAGGCGGGGUUGUCCAAGUGAUAAAAAUUUGGCUGCUUAAGUAUUGAAUUUGGGAAUCAGACAUUGUAGGUUGAACUGUAUUUUGCGUCAGAUAAUCUUUAUCCGUCCAAUUAUAUAAUGUGAAGGUUCCCACUUCCCACUUUAGCGAACGAGACAUUUCUGAAUCAGAUAUUUUUCUUCUAAUGAUAAUGAUUGAUGCGUAUGAAGUAUGAACCAAAACUCUUUUCUGUU